GAAAUUGAGAGAAUUCCACAUGUUCUAAAAGGAUCAGGAGGGUUCAGAAAACGAAAGCAUGACAAUUUUCCACAUGGUCAAAGAAGAGAGGAAAAAGAGAAUGUUAAUCCAUCUUCAGCUUUGAUGACAUCUUUUAAAUCGUUUCAGCUGGAGCUUGACACCAGGCACGAUAAAUAUGAACGGCUUGUGAAGCUCAGUCGUGACAUAACCAUUGAAAGCAAAAGAACGAUAUUUCUGCUCCACAGGUUUACCAGUGCUCCCAAUGGGGAAGAAAUCCUAAAUGAAUCUGAAGUCAAGCUAGAUGCUGUCCGACGGAAGAUUAAGCAGGUUGCUCAGGAACUCAUUGGAGAAGACAUGUAUCAGUUCCACAGAGCUAUAUCUCCAG